CGUCACCGUCACAGCACAUGUAGUGUAUCUCUUUCAUCUACGUACCUAACGCAAGGCUGUAAAUUGUAAUAUCUCCUAUCUGCUUGCAUUGCCCCUCGAUUUACCCAAGAUCCAGCUUCUCAAUUGAUACUAUAUCCCGACCAAUGACCCCCCGGUAGUAUAUACCUAACUACAAGGCUCUUCCACAGCGAAGACAUACAUCAUGUCUGGCGUUGAUACCACUGCUGCAGCCACCGCCCACCCCGAGCCACCGACUAAGCGUCGCAAAGUCCACGAUGACGACGAUAGUGUCGAUUCAACCACCCCUGCCCCACACUACGACACCCCGAAGGAGAAAGACGGCAAGCGCACCCUCAGCGUUUCCAUCAGGGAAAAGACCGUAGACAGCCGCUCCGAGAGCCAAACCCCCAGCCGAAGUCGAAGCCCGAGUCGCGAACGUCGCCGCGAAACAGAUUACUCCUCCGACGAACGUUCGCCGCGCCGCAGCAGAUCCCUCUCCAGCUCUCGCUCGCGUAUACGCUCGCGACACUCAAGUUCCGGCAGUCGAUCAUCAAGCCACUCUCGCUCUCGCUCUCGAUCUCGAACCCCAAGAUCGCGCUCCCGUUCCCGCUCCCGCUCCCGCACCCCCUCAGACUCGCGCUCCCCUCGAGCCGAAAUCUCCCCCCUCCGCAACACCCACACCCACGCCCACGCCCACGCCCCCUCCCCCCCACCGCCCUCCCGCCAACUCGCCAAGCCGCACUACACCCCCCGCCUAGUCCUAACCGGACACGCGCGCGCGAUAUCGCAAGUCCGCAUCUCGCCCGACGGGCAAUGGAUCGCCUCGUCGUCCGCCGACGGCACCGUGCGCAUCUGGUCCGCCGCCACGGGCCAGCACGCGGAGACCCUGGUCGGGCACAUGGCCGGCGUGUCGGCCGUCGCCUGGGCCCCCGACAGCAAGACGCUGGCCUCGGGGUCCGACGACAAAGCCAUUCGCCUGUGGGACCGGGUCACGGGGCGGCCGGCGCGCGCGGGGAAGCCGUUGUUGGGCCAUCAUAGCUACGUGUAUAGCCUGGCGUUCUCGCCCAAGGGGAAUAUACUGGCGAGCGGGAGCUACGACGAGGCCGUUUUUCUCUGGGAUGUGCGUGCUGGUCGGUUGAUGAGGAGUCUGCCGGCCCAUAGCGAUCCUGUGAGCGGGAUUGACUUUUGUAGGGAUGGGACGCUGGUGGUUAGUUGUAGUACGGACGGGUUGACCCGAAUAUGGGACACAUCCACAGGCCAAUGUCUCCGAACCCUCGUGCACGAGGACAACCCUCCCAUAACAUCAGUAUGCUUCGCGCCCAACGGGCGGUACGUACUAGCCUUCAGCAUGGACUCGUGCCUCCGACUCUGGGACUACGUCUCCGGCACCGUGAAGAAGACAUACCAAGGCCACGAAAACUCCAAGUUCAGCAUCGGCGGAUGCUUCGGCACCGUCCCCACCAAAGACAUAGACGACGGAGAGGGAAGCGGGAGGACGGCGACGGCUUUCGUAGCAGCCCCCAGCGAGGACGGCGACAUCGUGCUCUGGGACGUCCGCACCAAGGAGAUUGUGCAGCGCAUCCGGCGCGCCCACGACGGCGUAUGUUUCUGGGUCGACGUCCACGGCGACACCAUGGUCAGCGCGGGCCAGGACGGCAAGAUCAAGGUAUACAGACACCAGCAGCAGUUAGGAGAUACGAGCGGUGUGCAGAAAGUCAAUGGCGUAUCUGUAUCCCCCGAGACGAAGGAUACAAAUGCGGAUGCGGGUGCGGAUGUGAAUAUGGAUGUGGAUAUGGGUGCUGAGAAAGACGACGACGACGGGGUUGAAGGAAGUGAAUCCCCUCUGAAGGACGAAGACGUCAAGAAGGAAGAGUAGACCAACCAGCCAAGCCAAAGAGGAUAUAGGGCGUGCGAGCUUGGUUUUUUUUUCGCGGUAGAUAUACAGCUACGUAGGUAGGUAUAAUCAGGGCUAUCAGGCGAUAGCCGUAGGGUAAUUGUAUCGAACAACUUAGACGGCGCAGCAUACCCAUCCCAUACUUUAAUUGCACAAAUACUAAAAACUCGAUUUAUUUUUUUCUUAAUCGGACAAGUACCUACCUACCUAGGUACCUACCUUGGGUACUAAGGCCAUCCUGAACAACACACAUUAUCACGAAACGGCCCUCUUAAAAUAUUAGGG